GACAACUGCAACUCCUCUGAACAUUCCUCCCCACUGACUCAUUGCAGUUUGGACGGUUCAGAAAUUAACGGCAAAAAAACAACAACUAUCUCAUACUGGAGAAGGCUGUGAUAUUCUUUGCAUCAACUCCGAAGGGUCUCUCUCUCUUUCUCCAUCAUUUAAAGGCUCAUCAAAAUGAAAAAUUGGAGUUUAUUUCAUUUGUUUCUCCAGAAUGUAUUGAUAGUAGGCACAGCUGGCUUGACUUUAGAGAGUUGUUUCCAAGAGCAGCUAAAACUCCAGGCCCAGGUGAGACUUCUGGAACAAAGUGUGAAGCAGCAACAAGCCAAGAUUGUGCAGCUCUUAAUUGAGAAGGACAUGCAGUACAGAGAUAAAGGAAGUGAAAACAGUGUUAUUGAUCUGGGAGAAGAAAGAGAAUAUAAAGAUUGUGCGGAGAUCUAUAACGCUGGACACAAACAGAGUGGAUAUCACAAGAUGAAACCUCUUGACAGCCCCAGUGGAUUCUCUGCCUACUGUGACAUGUCAGAAGGAGGAGGAUGGACAGUUUUUCAGAGACGGUCAGAUGGGAGUCAAAAUUUUGAUAGAGACUGGGCUGAGUAUGAACAAGGUUUUGGCGAUUUUGCUUCACCAGAUGGUGAAUACUGGCUUGGAAAUAAAAAUCUCCACUAUCUGACCUCUCAGGGGAAUUAUACCUUGAAAAUUGAUCUGUCUGAUUUCAUGGAUGAACGGCGUUUUGCACGGUAUGAAAAUUUCAGAGUUGGAGACGAACAGAGCUCUUACAAGAUGAACUGUGGGCAAUACUCUGGAACAGCAGGAGAUUCCCUCACUGGGGGGUUUCACCCUGAAGUUAAAUGGUGGGCAAACCACCAAGGAAUGAAAUUCAGUACAAAGGACAGAGAUAAUGACAACUAUGAAAAGAACUGCGCUGAAGAAGAUAAAGCUGGCUGGUGGUUUAACAGAUGUCACUCUGCCAACCUGAACGGCCUGUACUACAAUGGACCAUACUCGGCAGCUACAGACAAUGGAAUUGUGUGGUACACGUGGCACGGUUGGUGGUAUUCUUUGAAAUCGGUUGUCAUGAAAGUCCGGCCGUCAGAUUUUAGCCCUAAUGAGGUUUAAGUUUAAUGAUGUCGGCACUCAUCCUUUUUGUGCGAGCUGGUCUGGAUCGUAUGGGGACUUUGGCUUUGUUCAUCCAUCUCUGUGCAAAUCGUAGAAGACUCUACCAUGGACAGUAGCUGAAUUUCCAGCUUAGAGCAAAGUGUUUCUAGCCCUUUGUCAAGGCAAAUAGGCUUCACAAGGCAAAUCAUAACCCUGCCCAGCAUUUACAGUGUGGCUAUAUGAACUACUGUAUUUAAAUACCACUGGGCUUCAUGAUGAAGGCCACAAUUAUGUAUUUUAUUCCAACAGAUAAACUGGACAGUUUACACGGUAA